AGAGGGAGACUCCGGCGCACCCGACGUGCAGCCAAACAUUAUAUUGUGACGUAACGCCAUAGCAGCGGACGGACCUGCGGCUUUCCAGAGACGUACGGUGUUUCGCUUUUGCAGCGAUAAUACGCUAUUGUGUUUGUACAGGUUUAUGCACAUAUUUCUGCAGUCCUAGAUUCAACUCAAGAUGUUCUACACGUGCGGGCCCAAUGAGGCAAUGGUGGUGUCAGGUUUCUGUCGCUCGCCUCCCCUCAUGAUCGCGGGUGGUCGGGUCUUCGUCGUCCCCUGUGUUCAGCAGAUCCAAAGGAUCUCUCUGAACACCCUAACCCUAAAUGUGAAGAGUGACAAAGUGUACACCAGACACGGCGUGCCCAUUUCUGUGACUGGCAUUGCCCAGAUGAAGAUUCAGGGUCAGAACAAGGAGAUGCUAGCAGCAGCUUGUCAGAUGUUCAUGGGGAAAUCAGAAGGCGAGAUUGCCCAGAUCGCCCUGGAGACUCUAGAGGGCCACCAGAGGGCCAUCAUCGCUCACUUGACUGUAGAGGAGAUCUACAAGGACAGGAAGAAGUUCUCUGAGCAGGUCUUCAAAGUGGCGUCUUCUGAUUUGGUCAACAUGGGCAUCAGCGUGGUCAGCUACACCCUGAAAGACGUCCAUGAUGACCAGGAUUACUUGCACUCUCUGGGGAAGGCCCGCACCGCUCAGGUGCAGAAAGAUGCCCGAAUUGGGGAGGCUCAGAACAAGAGGGAUGCCGUAAUUCGGGAAGCUCAUGCAAUGCAGGAGAAAGUGUCUGCUCAGUACCUCAAUGAGAUUGAGAUGGCCAAGGCUCAGCGGGACUAUGAACUGAAGAAAGCCGCUUAUGACAUUGAAGUCAACACCAAGAAGGCAGAGUCUGAGAUGGCCUACCAGCUUCAGGCGGCAAAGACAAAGCAGCGCAUUGAGGAGGAGAAGAUGCAGGUGCAGGUUGUGGAGAGGGCCCAGCAGAUAAUGCUUCAGGAGCAGGAAAUCAUCCGGAAGGAGAAGGAGCUGGAGGCCAAGGUCCGGAAGCCAGCCGAGGCUGAGCGUUACCGCCUCGAAAAACUGGCUGAGGCUGAGCGCCACCAGCUCAUCAUGGAGGCCGAGGCUGAGGCAGAAUCCAUCAGAGUGAAAGGGGAGGCAGAGGCCUUUGCAGUGGAGGCCAAAGGCAAAGCAGAGGCGGAGCAAAUGAGCAAGAAGGCGGAGGCCUUCAAGGAGUACAGAGAGGGGGCCAUGGUGGACAUGCUGCUGGAGAAACUUCCCUUGAUGGCAGAAGAGAUCAGCAAGCCCCUGUCGGCAGCACAGAAGGUGACCAUGGUGUCGAGUGGAGGGUCUGAAGUGGGAGCGGCCAAGCUGACUGGGGAGGUGCUGGACAUCAUGACUCGACUGCCAGAGGCUGUGGAGAGACUGACAGGAGUCAGCAUCUCGCAGUCCUCCAGUGCUGCUAUGUGCAUCCGUCCUGUCUCUCUGGGCGUCUGUGAGCCAUAGUUAUGCAUAUGUUUCGGGUAAAUGUACUCGUAUGGGCUGAAGAAGAACCCCAGUGACUGGC